UCCGGAAAUAGUAGACGUCCAGGGAAAAGUUCAGCGUGAGCACGGGAAGUCGUGACGUGGAAAAAGAAACGACUACCUGUGAAAACGCGAUGCAAUUUCCGUCUUAGAGGAGGGGUUUGGUUCAAGCAAAGGCGAUGGAUACGAGUGGAACGUGCUUCAUAUGCGUUUGAGUUUUCAAAGUGUAACAGCGUCGUACAGUCGGAGCGCGGUCAUGUGUGACGAGAACGACUUCCGUCCUGUAACUCGCAGCAGAAGGCGCGCGACCAUCACGAGCGCCAAGGGCGAGCUCGUCAAUCGUCUGAAUGGCACGAGCGCAGCGGAAACAUGGACUAAACCCAAAGUCAAGGGACAGGAGGCACACACACGGGGUUUACCCGAGGAGAAGAGAAAAUCGAGUCUUAAUGAUAACCUGAGUUGCCACAGGUUGCAAGAGUCGAUGCUAAGUUCUGCAAGCAGUUUCAGAAAUUACAGAGGCAUUCUGAACUGGUGUGUUGUCAUGCUGAUCUUGAGCAAUGCCCGUCUGUUCUUGGAAAACCUUCUCAGGUACGGUGUGUUAGUGGAUCCCAUUCAAGUGGUGUCGUUGUUCCUGAAGGACCCGUAUAGUUGGCCUGCCGGAUGUCUGGUCAUUGGUUCGAAUGUGUUCAUACUAUUAGCGCUGUACACAGAAAGAAAAUUAGCCCUUGGAACCUUUACUGAGCAGAUUGGCCUGAUUAUUCAUAUCAUCAAUCUGUCAGUAAUCUUGUGCUUUCCAGUGGUCACUGUGCUCAUGCUGCCCUCUGUAACACCAGUUGGCAGUGCCUUUGCGCUGGCUGUCUACACUAUCCUGUUUCUGAAGCUCUACUCGUAUAAGGACGUGAACAGGUGGUGCAGGGAAAGGAUGCAGGCGAAGGCUCGCAGUCUGUCCAGAUCACUGUCAUGUCCAGGGCCGCCAUCAACCAGCGGAACGGUGUAUGUAUCCUACCCUGGAAAUCUCUCUCUGAAAGAUUUGUAUUAUUUUGUUUUUGCUCCCACGUUGUGCUACGAGCUGAACUUUCCUCGUUCUAAAUCCAUACGUCCGGGAUUCCUGCUCAGAAGAUUGUUUGAGAUGUUGCUGCUCAUUCAGCUGUUAGUUGGCUUAACACAGCAGUGGAUGGUACCAGUCAUACAAAGUUCAAUGAAGCCAUUGCAGGAAAUGGAUUUCUCUAGGAUGAUUGAGCGUCUGCUUAGGCUAGCUGUUCCCAACCACUUUCUCUGGUUGAUAUUCUUUUACUGGUUUUUCCACUCAUCCAUGAACUUUGUGGCAGAGCUUCUGAGAUUUGGAGAUCGAGAAUUUUACAGAGACUGGUGGAAUGCAGAAAGUGUAACUUAUUUCUGGCAAAACUGGAACAUCCCUGUCCAUAAAUGGUGCCUUCGACACUUUUACAAGCCCUUGCUGAGAAAGGGGGCCAGCAAGUUAGUGAGCCAAUCAGCGGUAUUCUUCGCCUCAGCCUUUUUUCAUGAGUAUCUGGUCAGUGUUCCUCUGAGGAUGUUCAGACUGUGGGCUUUCACAGGCAUGAUGGCGCAGCUGCCAUUGGCAUGGUUUGUGGGCAGGUUUCUCAGGGGUAACUACGGAAAUGCUGCAGUGUGGCUUUCUCUCAUAAUUGGCCAGCCAAUAGCUGUUCUUAUGUACGUCCAUGACUACUACGUCAUCCACCACCUGGAGGAAGCAGCAGAACCAGCACCUCUCUAAGCUGCAGCCUGCAUACUGCUACCCAAAGUGUCAUAUUGCCGUCCAACUCGUACCUCAAAUAACCACACCUUUACAGAUGUAAAAAGUCAAAAGAUCUUUAAAGGCGCCAGACAGAUUGACUGGAAAAAUUUUAACAAAUGUCUUAAUUGUUAUUUGGUGACUUACUAAAAUGAUUUUACAACUACUACUUGGAUGGAACAAAUGCAUUUCAUAUUUGUAUGGCAUUACAGGCUUAAAAUGGACAGAUCCUUUUUGAAUUUUGAUAUUACUUUACACUCACUGCACAGAUACAGCAGAUAGAUUACAAACUGGAAAUGUGCCUUUUGGGAUGUGUUUAAGAGUAAUUUAUGUAAUUUGAGAUAAUUUUGCAAAAGGACACCAUAUAUUGUUUGUAUAAAUGGUUAAUAUUGAAAUUUAUUUUGCAUGGAAAGAACAUUAGUAGACUGUUUAUUUUUUUAUGUUUAAUUUUACGCAAUAUAAUGUUUGUUUCUCAGUUUGUUCUGAUAUACUAUGCGCUCUAAAGAGUAUGCUGGAGAAUUCAGGGACUUAAUUGUGUAAAAUCAAGGAGUGCCAUCUACUGGUGUCUUGUAAAUCAUAAAGUGUAUGAAUGAAACUCUUAGGCCAUGUAAUUAUACCUUCAUGAGGAGACAUUCAUCAAACAUAAUUAUAUUCCAUAGAAUAGCGAAUAGUGUAAUCUCCAACUGCGGUAUUUUCUGCAGAUUUAGUCCUUUUUGGAUCCAUUUGUUUUCAAGAUGAUGAGGGUGCCAGGUCCCUCCAAUCAGCACACGUUGGUGAUAAAUGGCUUUGGAGAUAAGUUGUAUAAUAGCUUGUGGUAGUCCUGUAUAAACAUCCUAUCUCCAACACUGAGAUGCAGGCAUGAUUUCACACAGCGCUAUCUUAAAGGUUGAUUGCACGUUACAACACUAUGGCCUGUUUAAAACACCGCCUGACACACGGUACUGGAAGAAUGAUUACGGUGCAGGGAAUCAAUGCCAUUGAUGCAGAGAUGCAGUUUAUCUAUUUUUACCAGUAGCACUGUGCCCUAAUCUGCAUUAAGUUUUUUUUUUUUUCUUUCUAUUUUUCCAUUUUUGUACUAAUCUUUGGAAUUACCUGCUUGUGCAUGUUUAAAAAAAAUGUUUUAUGACUGAACAGUGCUUGUUUCAUUUUGAAUAUAAACCCUUACAUUGUUUCUA